AUGGCACCAGUCAGGAACGCUUUCCGUACUCGUGCUCCCAAGCCAAAAAGUCUUCUUGGAUAUCACCGUGUUCUCUCGCCUCCCUGCACUCAGAGUUUCGCCAUUAUGUCUCGGGUCGAUGAAUUUUGGCACGGCAUGGAAUUUAUGGGUGAAUGCCCGAAAGAAGAUGCGUUUGUCAUCAUGGACACGUUUUAUGAGAAUGGAGGCAAUUUCAUUGAUACCUCCAGCAAUUACCAUUUCGAAGAGAGCGAGCAACGGAUCGGCGAAUGGAUGAAAGCUCGUGGGAAUCGUGAUACAAUGGUACUCGAAAAGCUGCAAACAGAUUACAUAGACAUACUAUAUGUGCACUUGUGGGAUCUCACAACCAGUGUCGAAGAGCUCAUGCACGGGUUGAAUGCGUUGAUCACUGCAGGAAAAGUGUUGUACCUUGGUAUCUCCGAUACUCCAGCCUGGGCGGUAGUCAAGGCCAACGACUAUGCUCGUGCUCAUGGUCUCCGUCCCUUUUCCAUCUACCAAGGAAGUUGGAAUGCAAUGCUACGCGAUAUGGAACCAGAUAUCAUUCCCCUGUGCCGAGAUCAGGGCAUGGCAAUUGCUCCAUUUGGUUCUCUCGGUCAAGGAAAAUUCAAAACUACCGCAGCGCGAGAGUCUGAACAUACUGGGUCAGGAAGGGCAGCAGAAUUGUCUGAAAAUGAGAUCCGCAUAUCUGAUGCUCUUGAAGCAAUUGCAAACCGCAAGAGUAGUACUCUGCAUGCUGUUGCUUCCCUUAUCUCUGCUGAGAAGUACGAUUUGAACAUGACUGCUGCGGAUAUCGUGAUCACCAAGUUUGCAGCACAUAUCGAUGCUCCACGGCACCAGCAGGCGAUCAAACCGCGCAAGGGAGGGUGA